CAGAAAAAAAGUUGUCGAAAACAGAAUUAUCGAUAACACAAAAUGAAUCCUGUGAUCCCGAUUGGUAUCCAAGAUAUUGAUUGAUAUCCAACUUCUACAGCUAGUUGUCCAGACUAUGGCCAAAGAUGCAUUGGCACAGGCGGGCUGUUAUUUUGAUGAACUCAACAAACUACGUGCACUCGAGCCAGACGUCAGCCAAAAGACGUCGGAGCUCAGAGAAGACUGCAAAGAAUUUUUGGACAAAAUUGUACAGUUUUUGAAGAUUAUCGGAGGGCUUAUGGACUUGGUGAAUGAGUUGGCAAAUGAGACAGAGCGAGAAAAGUUGAAGGCUCUUGGAACGAGAAACCUGCUGAAGUUUGUGGCAAAGCAAAGGGAGGCCCAGCAGCAGCAACUUUCAGCUCUUAUGACAGAGAAGAUGAUGCAACUUAAGCGAUAUCGUUUUGAGUAUGAGACCCUUUUGAAAGUAGAAGCGGAACAAAAUGAAUUUAUUAAUCAAUAUAUUUUGCAGAAGUGAUGUUAAGAUGGAGAAGUAAAUUUACGCAAAAUGCCCAGUUUUGCAAUGUCUGGAAAA